AUGACUCGCGGCGAGACGCAGAGCGCGCAGAGCCGCCCGGACCCAGCUACAGUCGACGGGGCCUGCUCCACUGCAGCCACCUCGGGCAGUGGGCAGUGCGUGGUGUCACUGGAAUAUUUCCCCGACAAGGCCUCCGUCAUCAACAACAAGCAUUUGGCCUUCUAUCAGCGAGAGGACUUCUAUCUUGUGACCCUUCCGUGUGCGAUAGCGGCGCUCUGCCUGGUCUGCUGCGUGCUCUGCUGCACAUUGUACGCGCGGGAGGGUAUCUGCCACCUGUUCGACUUCCCCGAGAACCUGAAGCGACGUGGAACCGAACACUUCCUGUCCGUGGACGAGUUCCUAGAGCUGGAACGGCGGCGCCAGCUCGGACUGCCCUGCGACUCGCUGCUGGCGCUAGAGGAGCAGCGGCGAGCAGAGGCGCUGGGUGAGGAACCCCCCGAGGCGCUGGGUGAAGAGGCCCCCGAGGCACCGGGUGAGGAGGCCCCCGAGGCGUCGGGUGAGGAGGCCCCAGAGGCGCCGGGUGAGGAGGCCCCCGAGGCGCUGGGUGAGGAGGCCCCCGAGUGGCCGACCGACCAGCCGGCGCCGACCGACGUCGCAGAGCCGAUGACCGGCGGCGAGGCGCCCGACGGCGGAGGGGCACUGCCACUGGACGCAGAGGGCGAGGGCGAGGUGCCGACCGAAGCUGUGAACGCGGAGGGCGACGGAGAGGCCCCGCUCCAGAACGGCGAUGGGACUGCGGCGACGGAGGGGUCUCCGCUGCGUCUGUCGUCUGCGUCGGCCGGAUCGGGCGCGGGUGUGACGACCACACCGUCUCAGCAGGGUGUGCCGACGGCGCGCAGGUCUGUGUCCUUGGAGCGGCCGGGGGUCAGGGGUGUGGGCGGAGAGGAGGACUCUGGUCACCGCUCGCGCCUGUCUGCCCGAGCGCCCGCCUCGGACAGCGCGCUGCAGCGCCGGUCAGUUGGCGAUGCCACGGCGAACCUGCCCGUGCGGUCGUCCACCAACCGGUUCAGUGCCGACGGACGUCCACGAUCUUCGAGAGGGUACGGUCCUUCCCUGUCUCACCUCGUGCCGGAGGACGUGGACGGCCGGCCGGUGGAGGACGCGCGGUAUCAAGACCUGGCGGGACAGCGAAGACCGAGUCGGCGGAGUGACGCGUACGCAGUCGCUCCGUCGGACCCCGCGCUCUCGCGGCGCUCCGAUCUGGGGGUGCCGUGGAGGGAGGGCGUUGCGGCAGACAGAGAGCCUCCUCUCCGGCCACCUGGCGCCCAGUGGUCGGACGGAAGGCCCGCUCUUGACGAGCAGGGCUUCCCUCUGGCGCAGGGACGAAGGUCUUUAAUACUGGCGACGUCAACCGGUGCGCAUGGGCCCGUUGAAGGCGGCCAAGGGCUUCGUGGUAGGCAAGCCAGCUUCACACCGCUCAACCGCCAAGCCGUGGGUAGUGCUCGUAGUCCCCCCGACUCUCACGCGUUUGUCACCGGUUCUCCGUCCACCCUGGGUCAACGUGGCGUCUCGGCUGCUGGUGAAGACGGUCGGCAUGUCAUUCUCACUCCAUCUGGGCACCAUCUCUACCACCCGGACAUUAACGGAGACAUGCCGUUAUCUGUGAGUGACCAGAUAUUGCAGCACGAGCUGCGAGCUCAGGGCGCUGACCCAGCCCGGUACGGGUCUCCUGCUCAAGGAAGGGGGUCGUUGUCAGCUGAGUCCUCCCAAAGACAGCUGUCUCGCCAAUAUGAACCCAUGGCUCAGGACCCAGACGGCCGUGUACGCAGAUAUCCAGACGGGGAACGAGACCCCCGCAGUUAUGAAUACCCUCUGAGAGGCCCAGGUCUUCAGGAAUAUGAGUAUCCAUACCAGGGGCGUCGAUCCCAGCAGUACGAGUAUUCAGCUCAGGAGCCAUCCCUGCACGGGUAUGACCACCCUGUCCGGGGACCAGCUCUGCAGAGAUACGAAGAACCGGAGUUUCGGCGGUACGAACGUCCUGACCGAGACGCCUUGGACCAAAAUCGCAUACGAGCUUUUGCGUCAUACGACCGUGCUGACCGCGUGCCUUCGGCGCUGUUGCGGCCGGACCAAACGCACAGGCCCGGAGACGCCUCGACCCUGACCCUGUCGCAGAUCGCCGUCUCCCGGCGCUCGCUGUCCGGGGUGCCAAUCGACGCCCGGUACGGUCCGCGUCACGACCCGCGCAGCCCCGGAUCGAGCCCCGGCGAGCCGGCCGCUGCCGGCCGGUCGCGGGCCCGAGGUGGCGGACAUGGCCGGGCGGCCUGA